AUGCUGGUCCUCACUAUCUACAUCCUGACCUUCUCCGUGGGCUUCCCGGCCAACGUCUUCACCUUCGCCACCCUCUUGGGCAAGGCCCGUCGGCGUGUCUCCCCCUCCGACAUCCUCCUCCUCAACCUGACAGCCGCCGACCUUCUGCUCCUCCUCUUCCUCCCUUUCAAGAUGGCCGAAGCUGCCGCCGGCAUGACUUGGCCCUUACCGGCUGUCCUCUGCCCGGUGGCCAACUUCUGCUUCUACUCCAGCAUCUAUCUCAGCAGCCUCUUCUUGGCGGCCCUCAGCGUUGAGCGGUAUCUCGGUGUCGUCUUCCCCCUCCAGUACAAGGACCGGAGAAGACCAGCGCGGGUGAUGGCCGCCAGCGCUGUCCUCUGGCUCUUGGCCUGUUCCCAUUGCUCCAUCGUCUUCGUGGCCCAGUAUCAUGGCGGUGGGAACCAGACCCCGGCCAACAGGUCCACGGUUAUGGGCUCCGAUGGCUCCACAGUCAACGGCUCCAAGAGCACCAACAGCGACAUCUCCGCCCGCAGUGGCUCCAGGAUCUCCAGCCCCACCGUCUCCACCUCCAAAAUCUCCACCACCAAAGGCGCCAACAUCCAGGACAUCUCCGGCCCUACUGGUGUCUCCCAGACCUCCAACAUCCCCAGUUCAUCUGCUCCCAGCGUCCAUGAUCGCUCCACUACCGACAAAAUCCAGAAGUGCUACGAUGACUUCUCUGAGGACCAGCUGAGCUUUGUCCUCCCGCUACGCCUGGAGCUCUUCCUCGUCCUCUUCCUCCUGCCCUUCACCGUCACCAUCUUCUGCUACAUCAACUUCGUGCGAGCCCUCCUCGCCCGGCCAAAUAUCCCGCUGGAGAAGAAGCAACGAGCCGUGGGCUUGGCCGUGGCCACCAUGGUCAACUUCGGGGUCUGCUUCGCGCCCUACAACCUCUCGCACGUGGUGGGCUUCGUGGAGAAACGGAGCCCGGACUGGAGGGUCUACGCUUUGCUCCUCACCAGCCUCAAUGCCGCUCUAGACCCUCUCGUCUUCUACUUCUCCUCCACGGCGGUGCAGAGGGCCAUGGCUGGGGUGGUGGUGGCCAUGCAGGACAAGCUCCGGGUUGUGGUGGGUUGGUAUUACUGGGCACGUUCUCCUGGGCCUUCCCAGAACGAGUCUGAGGGCUCGUUGACAUGA